GUUCCUAUGAAUAUUUAAAAAUUGUGCUACCAUUUUAAGAACAAGCUUAUCAUUUAUUUUUUAUGGCAGUUUAAAAUAGAGCAAAGUAAAAUAUGAUUGUCACAAAGUAGCGCUAAAAGAUGUUAAAAGAAGUUUACUUAUAUUAAGCUUCUGAUGACAACAAAUUGUUCCUGAAAAAAAUCAAUUCUAACCAACGCAGAAAGUCGCAUAUAUUUCCGGUUUUUCGUUCAUCAACAUAACACAAAUUUAUUUAAAUGACUUGUUAUCGUCCGCGAGGAACCCUAGCGCGAGCCAUCUUUCAAAAAUUUCACAAUGAUCGUUCUUUGGAAGAACUUGAUACUAGACUUUGGUAUACAACUAAUCAUGAACUACCUCCGAAAUUCCAAACCAAAUUCGUACCAUUGCUUCAGCCAGAUGAAUCGACAAUGCGUUGGCUAGAACGUGCCAAAGAACUUUCCACAAAUAUUUGGCUUCACAUCUGGCAUGCUGUAGCUCGAGUAGUUUUACAAUUUUUUAUGACACAGACUGAUAUAAAUGGUUAUCUCAAUCGUGGUUCAAUGUUUAUACUAUCAGAACAGCAAUUUGGCAGACUACUUAAAUUCGGUGAUUUUGAUGUGAAAUCUUGUGACAUUAUCCAUUGUUUGGACAUUGGUGCAGGAGACGGUGAAAUUACCGUACGUUUGCUUAAAUCCGUACAGGAUUUGUAUCCCAAUUGCAAAAUUCAUACAUUUGCUACAGAAACUAGUUGGACAAUGCGUGAAAGAUUAAAAAAUAGAAAUUUCAAUAUUCUUGAUCGUAUAAGUGAAGUACAAAAUGUUCAAUUGAUAUCAUGCUUAAAUGUACUCGAUCGUUGCAUUGAUCCAAUAGAUCUCUUGGAAGAAAUCUACAAAGCGUUAGCGCCAAAUGGACGUGUUGUUUUAGCACUGGUUUUACCUUAUGUACAUUAUGUAGAAAUGAAUUCGUCCCAUAUGCCGCUGCGUCCUUUACUAAAGCACUGGCCCGAACGUUCUCAGCAAUUAAGUUUCGAAGCGGAAGCUGUAGAGUUUUUUGAAUUACUAGAGCAUAUGGGUUUCCUUAUUGAAGCUUGGACUAAAGCACCUUACCUAUGUGAAGGCGAUUUAAGGCAAUCAUUUUACUGGCUAGUAGAUAUUGUAGUAGUAUUGUCAAAAAAACCUUAGAUAAUAAAGUUUAAAUAAUUAUAUAUAAAUUUAGUUUGUAUGUAUGUUAUCUAAAUGCAUGCGACAUAAACCCUUAGCUCUCAAAUGACGUAAUGGAGAAAGAAUUUCUGCAAUCAGUAAUUUUUUUUUGUAUAUAACUUUUAUUUAUAUCCAAUUGCAUUUUGAAACAUUUUGGCCUUUAUAUGUGGUAUUUGUGAAGUAUUGUAUUUGGUAGUGUGUAACUGUAGUUCAUUUGGCUUAGUACAAUUGUAUUUCAAUUUAAAAAUCAACAUCGAGAGUAAAAAAUAUUUGAAAAUA